AUGAGUGUGAUUCCAGAGGAAUUGUAUGCCAACCUCGGUCAGACCGGGCUGAAAAUUUCAAAGAUUAUCGUGGGCUGUAUGUCCUAUGGCUCUAAGAGAUGGUUUGAUUGGGUCCUUGAAGAUGAGGAAGAGGUGAUGAAAAUCUUGAAGAAGUGUUACGACAGUGGAAUUAGGACGUUUGACACGGCAGAUGUCUACUCCAAUGGUAUUUCUGAGGUACUGCUUGGAAAAUUUCUUAAGAAGUACGAAAUCCCCAGAGAUACGGUGGUAAUUCUGACCAAGUGUUUUGGGUAUGUGGAUCUUGAGUUCAAAUACAAAUGGCGAGGGACUCCGAAGGUUGCGAGUAUCAAUCGCAUGGGUCUUUCCAGAAAGCACAUUAUUGACGCUGUCCAAGCCAGUAAGGAGAGAUUGGGAACUUACAUUGAUGUUCUCCAGAUCCAUCGAUUUGAUCCCGAAACUCCACAAGAGGAAACCAUGCGUGCUUUGAAUUACGUUGUCGAGCAGGGCUGGACCAGAUAUAUUGGGGCUUCUUCUAUGAAGUGCUACCAGUUCGCAAAAUUCCAAUUCAUUGCCGAGAAGAAUGGUUGGGCCAAGUUUAUUAGUAUGCAGAACUACUAUAACCUAGUUUAUAGAGAAGAGGAAAGAGAGAUGAUCCCAUUCUGCAAAGAGACGGGUGUUGGUAUCAUACCAUGGAGUCCUAUUGCUAUGGGUGUUUUGGCGAGACCUCUUGGUCUGGAUCAGGACUCUGAUAGAGCCAAGUCAUCCAUGGUGGGUGCUCUAGUUGAUUCGUUGACUGCAAAGGACAAGGAGUUGAUCGGGAAGGUUGAAGCAUUAGCGAAGAAGCAUAACGUUGCUAUGGCAACUAUCUCUACAGCCUGGGUUUUGUCCAAGGGCUGUUUCCCUAUUGUUGGUUUGAGUAAACUGGAAAGGAUUGAUGAUGCUUUGGCUGCAAUUUCUUUCAAACUUACAUCCGAGGAGAUUGAGGAUUUGGAGAGUUCUUAUGAAGCCAAGCUCAUCAGCUCCUUUGGGGUUUAG